AUGGAUCCAUCUUCCAGCACCAGCCUAUCCGACUGGAAACUUGAUGUGCGGUUCGAAGAUGGAAAGCGAUAUCACGAUAUGCCCGAAGGUACACAUUGUUGGGAACAAGUGGAAAGGCUGGGAGAAGGUACAUGUGGCGAAGUCUGGAAAGAACAGUGUCUAUCUGACAACUUCUCCUCUUCAAGUGUUUUUCGUGCUGUGAAGCAUAUUGAUAAGCGGCGAGGCAGAUGGACUCAUACUUCGAAGCGGGAGAUCAAGGCUCUUACUACGUUUUCUGAUAACAAUGUCGUCGAGGUAAGCCUUGAAGCAACAAGAUACCGAAGGGAUUUUCAAGGUGCUGCAGGAGAACCAAAAGAACCAGAAGCUGCCUCCAUCACGGGCCAGAUCGCUCAGGCUUUGCUCUAUAUGCAUUCAAAGAAUUUUAUCCACAGGGAUCUCAAGCCUUUGAACAUACUAGUAUCUCAUCCUGGCCCCGCGUGGCAUGUUAAGGUUGCCGACUUUGGCCUUACCCGAGAUCUCAGCGAUGGCAUAACAGGGACACACCAAAUCGGCACAAACGGCUAUAUGGCACCAGAAAUGUGGGACACAUCUCAAUCUUACACGUCCGCAAUCGACGUGUGGGCUCUCGGUGCCAUUACAUUUUGCAUGCUGGCGGGCUCACCACCUUUCCUCAACCCUAUGACAUUGCCAGAUUACCGCAAGGAUCCAACACUGUUCCCUACAUCCAGGCUACGUUCUUCUACUGAGCCGUGCAGAGGAUUUAUUACGGGUGCCAUGGCUGCAAACCCUGAAGAACGUCUCACGGUCGAAGAAGCUUUGAAACAUUAUUGGCUGUCUAAAAGCAAGAAUACCGUUUGCCGGUGA